AUGCUUGGGAAAAGCUGCCACGUACCUGUUGAGUUGGAGUAUAAGGCUCUUUGGACUGUCAAGUUUCUCAACUUUGACAGCAAGACAGCUCAAGAAAAGAGGCUUUUACAGCUCCAUGAGCUAGAGGAGAUCAGGUUGAAUGCUUAUGAGAGCUCAAAGAUCUACAAAGAGACGACCAAAACUUUGCAUGACAAGAAGGUCAUGAAGAGGGAGUUCAAAGAAGGAGACCUUGUGUUGCUGUUUAACUCAAGGCUCAAGCUGUUCCCAUGCAAGUUAAUGUCAAGGUUGUCUGGUACCUUCAAGAACUUGCAAGUGAGGAGCUAUGGAACCAUUGAACUUGAGGGAAAGAAUGGUAACAGCCUUGUGGUGAAUGGACAAAGGCUCAAACACUAUUUGGCAAGUGAAAUCAAAGAGAGAGCUACCACAAUCUCUCUUGAUGAUACCCAAACCCAGUCUAUAAGUGUUCAGGAGUUGUCUAAAGACCAAGGAAUGGUGCCAAAGGGAAGGAAAAGACAUGCUGCACCAAGUUAA